UUGGAUAAAGCGUCUUGGUUUUGCGAAAUCAAUAACCGCAAUUGGUUUGUAACUAGGUUGGUUCAAUUUUGAUCUCGGUUUGAUUUCAUUUCCAGCAAUUUUGAUGUCAAGGCUUUUAGUCAUAACUUGACUAGGAGCAGCAACUAAUACCAGAGGGUAUUUGGUCACAAAGAGGAGACUCUCGACUCAUGUAUCGAGAGUAUACCAGUAAGUUUUGUGUAUAGAUGGUUAUACACAUCGUACAUAUCACUUGUAGCAAAUUUUUGGUCGAUUUUGGUUUGGUCUCAAUUUCAAUCCCGGUCUCAAUUUUAUCAACCUUAGCUCGUCAAUUGUGACCCAUAUCAUGGUUGGUUAUGGAUCGUAGCUGGUCUUGCUUCCAACUUUAAUUGGUCCGAUCUCGGGUCGAUUCCAACCCAAACCAACCUGGUGGCCAUUGAUUACUAUCUUCUGCCAUGUUAGAUUAUUUUUAGGUGAGCUUCUGUCUUGUUAGGUUUGACCCUAGCAAUUAGCUUCGUCGGAGUUGGUCACGGGUCAGUACUGUGGACCUUGGUCAACAUGCAAGCACAAAUGGUUGAGAAAAAGUUAGGCAUGUACAGAGAUGAUCAUGCCAACAGGUGCGAACACAGAGGAGAGCAUAUUUCCAGCUUCCAACUGGAGCUAUGCAGACAGAGUCUCUACCUGCAAGCUCCUCUUUGACAUUCAACCUAGACCUAACUGGAUCCUUACAGAAUUUGGUGGCCACGAUAUUGAGGUGGUCUUGAAGAGGUUUGGCAGCAAUAUAAUCUUCUUUAAUGGCUUAAGAGACCCUUGGAGCGGUGGAGGGGGCUCACCAUGUAGAUCUGAGGUUCUCAACCAAAGAGGAUCCAAAGUGGCUUCAAGACGUGAGGGAAAGAGAGGUGAAGAUCAUUGGAGAUUGGAUCUCCCAAUAUCACUAUGACCUGGCCCAUAGUUCCUAGUUGGGUCUGCUGUCCACAGCUGACUCAGUUCCAAGGAAAGAAACACUAUUUUGCUUCUUUGUAGAAGGAAAUUAACAGAACAAGUAAUAAGGAUAGAUGGAUGGGGCCUAAUUGAGGUCCAUUUCUUCGAAUAGUGUAGUUUCUUUUGGGUUUGAGCUGAUAUUUUCGUUUUUACUUUUCCUUUUCUGCAAAACCCUUUCUCUCACUUACUAGUUGUCACCAUGCCUGUAGGAUGAACGGAUAGUAUACUAUAAAAUGGAAUUAAAGGG